GUAGUUUAUGCCCGGGAGCUGCAACAGUGGAUACAUAGCGGGUUAUGGAUGAACUGCCAGACAAGGCCAUCUGGAAUGCUCUCUUGUACUUAUACGUUUACCAAGAACGAUAUUGACUUCUAUACAAACGCUCAAGUGGUCAAUAUCAGAACGCCUCCAUUCUACGAUUGGCAACACAACUUACUGUAUGUAUUGUUAUUUGGUCAAUUUUUUGCCUUAUUUGCGCUGGUGUGCUUUUGUUAUUCGCAAGCGGCUGAUGUUAGCAAGAAUGCGCCUUUCCUCUUCACCAUUGCUAUCGGCAUUUCCGCGCUGAUCAACAUUGGCUGCAACGUUGCGUUUCAAAUAUUCGCUCACAUGGUCGAGUACAGGUUCUAUCACGUUAGCGUUAGCGGCAUUUAUGAGAAGCAAGUUGGUUAUUCGUAUUUUGUACAUUUGACUGGUUCCCUGCUAUUGUUACUGUCUUUCCUAUUCUCACUUGCUUAUAUCGUGGUGCUCUAUAAUCGUCCGGAUGUCGCUCGAAACAAUCGAAGCGUUUGUCAGAAUCGCCAUCCUCAGGAAGAUUUUUUCGCAAUGCGUGCCUUGCCUGAACUGCCUCCAAAAUACCGAAAAUGA